CCAUGAAACACACAACAACUUUAGCCUGAUUUAUUCAUUUCAAACACAAAAGAAAAGGGUACCGUGCUUUUUAAGCACUAUGGCCAACAACCCUCUGACCUCCAAUCUUUCAACUCCACUGUCAUCGUCCUUGACACCAGCGUCAAGGACUGCUGCUGAUCAGCGAGGCGUGUACUUGCCUUCUGAUGAUGCUAGAUCACAACUGCCAAGGAGUGUUGCUGAUCAGCGAGGCAUGUACUUGCCUUCUGAUGAUGCUAGAUCACAACUGCCUAGGGGUGCUGCAGCUGAACCGCGAGGCAUGUACUUGCCAUCUGAUGACCGAAGGUCACUGGUAGCACCACCAAGAGGUACUGAACGUGUUGGCAAGUCAGCAUUGCCUUAUGAUGAUGGCAGCAGGCUUCCUUUAACAGCAUAUGAUCAGGGAGGCCGGCUACCUUUAUCAUCGAAAGGUACUGACCUUGGCCUGGCACUUGUGCCAUCUGAUAACCUUGGCAGACCUCUGCUACCAAGAGGUACUGAGCAUGGAAUGCGUUAUCCAUCUGAUCGUCAUGAGCCCUUGGGGCUACUAUCGAGGGGUACUGAACGAGGAGGCAUUUUUCUGACAUCUGAUGAUCAUUCUCUCGUCAGGCAGGUUGAGCUGCUGCAUUUUCCUGAUGCUCGUAACGUUGAUGUCAGGCCACUACUCCGUCUUGUUGAGGACAUUAUUGACCGAUCCACUCAAGCUGUUGAAGGGGAAUCACUGCAGGGUACUAUUAUCUCAAAGAGAGAGGCUUCCUUGGAUGGUAAAUAUACCCUGAAUGGUCUGCAAGAAGUUCCUGAAUUACCACUUAUUGUCGAAAGAAUUUCCUGUGAGAUGACCUGCAAGGUGCUAAGUGGUGUUGAUGCACACAAUACCACCCUCGCGGUGCUUAAUAUGUUGCAACACUUUUCUUGGGAAGCCAAGGUAGUGCUGACACUAGCAGCAUUUGCAUUGACUUAUGGAGACUUUUGGCUUCUUGUUCAAAUUUACUCUACAAAUGCCCUAGGAAAAGCCAUGGCGCUUAUCAAGCGGUUGCCAAUGGUUAUGGAAAAAGGAGGAGCAUUUAGGCAUCAGUUCGAUGCAACUAAUAAUCUUAUAAAAGCAAUGCUCGAAACAACCAGGUGCAUUGUAGAGUUUGGAGAGUUGCCUUCUACAUACAUCUCACCUGAGGAUCCGGAAGUCAAGGCUGCAAUUCAUCAUUUUCCAAUUGCUGUUUAUUGGAUUGUCAGAAGUGCUGCUGCUGCUGCUACGCACAUUACUACUUUGUCUAGCAGGGGACUCGAACAUGGAGCAGCUACAUCUGAGUCAUGGGAGCUCUCCAACUGGGCUCACAAGCUUAAAACCAUUAGCGAACAUCUCAGGGAAACACUGUCUAGGGUGUAUCAGCUCAUAAGGGAGAAGAGAGACAUUGAUGCUUAUAAUAUGAUAAAAAAAAUUAUCUACGAGACAAUUCAUGUUGACAACAUGAAAGUCUUAAAUGUCCUCAUCUAUGCCGAAAAUGAGGAUCCUCAACUGUUUGAUGGUCCAUCGAAGACAAGGGUCCAUCUUGAAGUGUUAAGGAGGAAAAAUGUGCUGCUUCUCAUAUCAGACCUGGACAUCAAACCAGGAGAGCUGUUUAUGCUUGAGCAAAGCUACACGGAUUCGAAGGUGCACUCAUACGACAUUGUAUGGAUCCCGGUGGUAGAUCAUCCACACCAGUGGACAGAUGCUAUGCACGCUAAGUUUGAGAACUUGAAGACUUCGAUGCCCUGGUACUCCGUUCACCAUCCUUCAAUGAUCGGAAGUGCAGUCAUCAAGUUCAUCAGAGAAGAUUGGCACUUUCGAGGUAGGCCUAUCCUUGUGGUGUUGGAUCCUCUAGGGAAAGUUGUUAGCCCAAAUGCUAUCCACAUGAUGUGGAUUUGGCAAAGCCAAGCUUUUCCCUUUACAAGCAUAAGGGAGGAGAAUCUUUGGGCUCAGGAGACUUGGAGGCUUGAGCUCUUGGUUAAUGGCAUCGAUUCAAAGAUUUUGGACUGGAUUCGAGAAGAUAAGUACAUUUUUGUGUAUGGAGGGGAUGACCUUGAAUGGAUCCGUAAGUUCACAAGGGAGGCACACGCAGUUGCACGAGCUUUGCAAGUUUCAGUGGAGAUGGUGUAUGUGGGGAGAAGCCACAACGAAAAACUGGUGCGGAGGGUAAUGGAUGCUAUAUUGACUGAACAGCUGAGCCAUUGUUGGCAAGACCUAACAUUUGUUUGGUACUUUUGGACAAGGAUCGAGUGCAUGAUAUACUCGAAGAUACAGCUAGGGAAAGUCCAUGACCACGGCGAUAACAUACUUCAAGAGGUCCAAAGGCUGCAUAGUCAUGAUAAGUCCCACGGCGGGUGGGCUAUUCUUGCUAAAGGAUCAAAAAUCAUAGUCCAUGGACAUGGAAAACUUACCCUUGUUACCCUUCAAGAGCUCGAGCUCUGGAAGAAGAAAGCUGAAGAAGAGGGAUUCCAUUUAGGAUUCGGAUAUCAUUAUAACGAACUCCAUCGAAAGGAAUUUCCAUGCCACAAGAUUGAAUUCCCAUCUAAUGUGAAGGUUCCUAAGAGUAUGCUCUGCCCUGACUGUCGUCGCCACAUGAAAAGCUACCACUCCUUCAUCUGUUGCCAUGAGGACUAUGGCGUUGGACCGGAGUUUGUUCCUGGUGUUCCGUAUGAGGGUUGAAUUGAGGCCUAAUGAAGCUAAGCCACCUUAUUAAUAGUAUUUUGUGUGAUUUUGGCGUGCUGCCAAUCUAAAGAUAUAUGUUUAUUUCCAAUAAUAUAAGCAUGCAUGUGUAAUGGCAACUAAGUAAUGUGUUUAAUAAUUUCUUGAAGGCUAUGAAGAGGGAAUGAUGAUUUGUAACUCAGCCAAUUAGUGGCUGAAAUACUUGUCUUGUUGGACUAAUGUUAUUACUUAUACAAUAAAACUAUAUGAAAUCGUUGUUUCAAUGUUUGUCAUAUUAUC